AUGAUCAGGGACUUUCUAUCCUUCUACUUUGACAUUGCCCUUUCAAGUUCUCAUCAGGGACUUGAUCUGUUGCUGAAGGUGGUCGCGUCCGACCACAUCCUAUACGGUUCUGACUUUCCCUAUGCUCCUCAGACCAGUGCCUCGAACUUUCGAGUUGACCUCGAAUCACGCCCUACGGACCAAGACACGAGGGCGAAAAUCUACUAUCGCAAUGCUCUGGACCUGAUUCCGAGAUUGAGACACUACCUUCACGAAGAUCACAGCAGGCUAUGA